GUUACUCUGCAGCCAUGGACAACGAAAAGAUCCGUAGAUAAUCACUUAUUUGCGCAUUUUCUAGGUACCGAGGUGCAAGAAAAGGUGAAGAAUAAUGUCUGAAGAAGAUCCUCCAGCCAAACGGAUGCGUCUUGGUGGGGACGGAUUGCUGGAGGCGUCGAGGGAGCAAUUGAUCGCUGAGAACAAGAAACAAGAAUCCUACAUUGCGUCCUUGUUGAGCAAACUGGAUGGAAAUUGCACAAGUGGCCCCCAGAAUGAACUUGAAGAGCGUCUGAAGCAACAACAGGCUGAAGCCAACAGGAAGGAGAAGGUUCUCCUGAUGCAGCUCACUAGGAAAGAGCAAGACCUCCAAGAAGUCGCUAACCAACUCGGCGAGCUCACCAAAGGGAACACCCCCGGAGCUUCCCAGCUCCGCUCAGCUCUCCUGGACCCCGCCCUCAAUCUCUUAUUCCAGCGGAUGCGGAAUCAGCUGGAGGAGAAGAGCAAGAAGCUCCAGCAAGCCACGGACGACAUGGCCGCCUGGAAGUUCACUCCGGACAGCCAAACAGGGAAACGUCUGAUGUCCAAAUGCCGCAUCUUGAUUCAAGAAAACCAGGAACUGGGCAAGCAAGUCUCAACAGGCCGUACCGCACAGCUGGAAGCUGAGCUGGCACUGCAGAAAAAGUACAGUGAGGAACUGAAGGCCAGCCAAGAUGAGCUGAACGAGUUUGUGAUCCAGCUAGACGAGGAGGUGGAGGGUAUGCAAAGCACUAUCUGUGCGCUCCAGCAGCAGCUGAAAGAGGCCAAGGAGGACUUGGCUUCCCUCAAGGUCGUACAGGCCGAGCCUGUGAACACAGACCAAGGUCCAACUGAACACCAGGUGCAUGAACAGGUAGUGCAGCAGCAACAGCCAGCAGCAGCACAGCAGAUGAAACAGCCAGAAUCACCUUUUGCAGAAGAAGGUAUCGUUUCUGCUCUCUUAAGUCCUGCCCAGUCCAGCCCGCCUCAAAUUGAGGUUGUGGGAAACAAGACUCCUGAAGUAGAAAGGACUCCAGAAGGGGAUAGGACUCAAGGAGCCGGCGAGGAAGAAGGCAUUGUCGAUGGUUCAGACGACAAGGACCAUCGGCUGUGGAGUCCGGAUGAGAUGGAGACAGUUGAGGAAGGCAAUCAACAGGAUGAAAGGACAGCUGAGACCAACGUCUCCACUGAGGAAGAGCAUGAGAUUGCCAGCAGAACUCCUGAGGAGGAGACAGAGAGGACUACUAAGAUCAUCAAAGAGCAGGAUAGGACGUUCAGCUACGAGGAAUCGGAAACACACCGCCGGCCGCCACAGCUACAAGAGGAGGAGAUGAUGUCGCACCAGGAAUCGGGUGCAGAGCCGCGAGAUGCCUUGCACAAGGAAAACCAAGAACUACAGGAUCGCUGGGAGAAACCGCAGCCGGAAGAGGAGCAGAUGGAAAUUGACUCGCCAAAAUGUAAGAAUGAUACAUCAAGUAGGGAGAAUGAGGUGCUCACGGUAGAGGCCAAACAAAGUAAUUUUGCCGGUGAGUUGACUAGCCCAGUUGCUUCUUGUGAGUCCUUGACAGAUGGGUCAAAUGAGGGUACAAAUGCCACAACUCUUGAUCACGGUCAGACCUCUCAAAAUCUAGGGGUUGAUCCUACCCCAGGUGACAAUAUCCAAAAUACUGAUCAAACAUCUUUAGAGUCCUCAGGUAGUAAUGAUCUUGGGGAUAAAGACUCUCCAGGUAAUAAGGGGACAGAAGAGUCCUCAACUAAAAACCCAGAGGUGCCAGACAUCUCAACUAAGAACCAAGACAAUGAUAUAGCCUGCUCACUUGAGGUUAGCAAAAGUACAGUUGACAACCAACCAGGGAUUGGAAAGGUUGUGUCCGAGAGCCAGGGUGCGGGUAAAGGGGCUCUACUGGCUCAGUUCUCGGAGGUAAAGGUGACUGCCAAAAAGCUGCCUACUAACUGCAGCCUCUCAGUUGUUGACUAUGACACGGGUAGUAGCGAGGACGAAGAUUAUGAGGGCGGAAACGACGGCUUCGUAGACGAGCCGUCCGGCCCGAAUAACCAAACUCUGUCCCAGACAAAACAUUCACCGAAUAAUCAAUCACCAGAGUCCCCUAAUCAAAGCCUCUCGCCAGGAACUAACUCUCCAGAACCUGUCAAUAAUACAGGUUUUAAACUAGGCCCCGAACUCUCCCCACUUAAGAGCCUUCAAAUCCUGUCUAAUAAUGGGGACACUGAAGUGGGGCUCUUGACCAAACCAAAUGAAUCCCAAGACUCUGAUAUUGUGGAGGAGAAUGGCACUGAAUCCAUCCAUAAUAAGACUGAGAAAGUUGCCAUAAGCACUGAGUAGUAUCAUUUUUCUCCUUCGGGAAACUUUGUAGUUUUGAGUAUUAAACAACAAAAAGUCAAAAUUUCGUUGUUGUGGUUAGUUGAGAUGAGUGUGUUAUGGACAAGUUAAAAAUUUGAAUGUCUGUGUUUGAAUUAUUCUGUUUCUGAGAACAUUAUUUGAAAUCAAAUUUUUACAGUUUGUCUUGGACCGCGCACUAUCGGAACAAGACUUGGUCUUAUCUAAUUCAUUCAAUAGUAUUUCUUCAUGCAGCUUGUGCGCCCAUGCAAUUUCUGGCGAAUAAGAAUAAAUGUAUUUUCACAAACGUUUAAAGGGAAAUGCCCUCGCUGAUAUAAAUUUUUGUCGAUUUUUGUUGAACAAAUAUUUUAUGGACUUUUUGAAAUCACACCGGCCAUGAUAAUCUGCUUUUCAAAAAGGUCGCUUAAAGGAAGAACCCUGGAAGUACUAUUAGUAUUUUUGAAAAAAAUACCACUUUGGUGGCUCUAUCGCCACAGUAAAAUAGGUGCUGACAAUUUUGAAAAAGAAAAUAACAGGAAACAUUAAUGUUCGAGGACUAAAUCAACACCAUGUUGAUUUGUACAUUUGAAUUGAAAAUAUUAAUUUGAAUACUGUACAUUAAUUUGAUAGACAGGUUUACCUACACCAAUGUGGUGGUACCCUCACUUCUAUUGAAAUUAAAAUGAAGAUUGUUUUAAAACAAAAAGACUGGUGCCAUCAUUGAGCUUUACUAUGUAUGGUUGUGUUGCAAUAGCAGGCUGGGAGCAAGAUUAUUACAAAAGACAGGAGUUUGUUUAAAAUGUGGUUGUUUGUCUUUAUACAGUUUACUUAAAAUUGCUGCAUUUGGUCUUGACAAAGUUAUAAUAACCUUGCACAGUUGUUCAGGAUUAUAAAUCGUAACCUCAAAAUUGUUCCUUUCCGAAUCAUUCAGAACUCCAAACAUGGUGCUAGAACACCAAAGUCUUUGGAUAUUUUGUAAACAUACUAUUUCGGCUGUUAAGAGUCGUUCAAAAUCGGACAAAACUAGUGAAUGAGUUCUGGAAGAUUUCGGGAAGCAAAGUUAUGAGGACAAAGUAGUCCUGGUUUGACAGCCAAACUAGGGGUGUGUGUUCAGGUGGUUGCAAUCAAAAGUCAGUCCUGGUGAAAAUUCUACAUACAAAUUGGCUUCUUUUGGUUGUGGCCACCAACUUGAAACACAUCCAUGAUCUCAAGAUGGGGAAAGUCUAGGGUUAGGAAAUCUUGAAGAAGGAACGAUGAGUCUGUCUUGAACGCCGAGCCUGACGGCAUGACGGAGAGGGCAGCAAGGACAGGAGGUCUGGCCUUAUGACCAGACCCUACCAACCAUAGAGUUAUAUACACUGUAUAAGUACUAGAGGGCGCACUGGCCCAUACAUGUAUACGUGACCCGG